UGGUCUGCGGACUGGACCUAGGCUCAAGGCAAGUGGAGGAAGAUCAUAUAUCUCUUGGGGACAUCAGUCAGUAAACAGCUACUGGAGGAUUAUUGUUCAGGUGAUCGGCUACCAAUGUGUGUUUUCAGCAAUAAUGGAAUGUUACACAAGUAAAGAGUUUGGAUUAUGGCACAAAUUGAAGAGGAAGACGGAAAACCCUUGGCUCCUCUCCGAUCAUCUGAGCCUGCAGAGGAGCAGGGCAAAGCUCUACUCGUACUUGAGUUCAGGAGUUUUACAGAUUACUGAGAAAGACCGAAAUGUUACUCCAUUACCGUGUGUCGUUACAGCCAUACCCUGCAAAAUGGAAGUCCAGGUCAAUAACGAACACCAACAGAUAGACAACCAGAGAACCAAUAACAGGGAAACAACCUUGGCCCGCAUCAAGGGGGUCUCUGUCCUGGAACAAUUAUUGAAACCCAGAAAAGCAAUGACAGGAAAGUCCAUCAGCUUUAAAUUACCCAACUCUCCUCUCAGGUGUACUAAAUGUCCUGUAACAGAAGAGAAGUCAGCAAGGUCCUUAAAGUCUCCCGAGAAGACUAAAGUAAAGUGUCUUUACUCUCAGAAGUCACCUCAGGAAAGCUACUCAUGCAGACAGUUUUGUAACCCUUUGUGGCCUGCACCCAAAAUCAUCCACCAGAAUCCCAGAGCGAGGGUAAUCGAGCCUGCGUGGAUACGAUAUGGAACAGAAAGACUUUCGCCCCUGGAUUUUAAAGAUCAGAGAAAACCUGAAGUAGAGAGUUUGUCUUUAAUUGGAGUUCAUUGUCUGAAGCCUCCUGUAAAAUACGUGCCAUUACUGCCCGAGGUGGGCAAAUCUAAGACCGAGCUCCACAUUUACAUGCCGAACGGUUUGUUAACAGGUGACAAUGCGGAUUCCGAGUCCUCAGAUGAUGGCUUUGAGGAAGAUGUUACAAACGAGCUUCAUUCGAGACCUGCUGACUUGUGUGUAGUCAAAGAUUUCCAACAGAAGAUGUACCUGAAAGAGUUGAACACCAAGAGUGAUCUACAUGUGGGCAACAUGGCAAACUACAUCGUUGAGAAAGAUGAGAAGAAGAAUCCUGGGGGCUGGAAGUCGGGGGCUGACCUGACCCCCAUCAGUGCCAUCAAGUGCCCAAAGCUUCCUGAUUAG